UCAAUUCUACGCGACACUAGUUGCCGCAGAACAAUCGCUUAGUGAAGUUGUAAUCCAUAAAUAAAUGCUUGAAUAAUGCAAAAAAUCCCCGUGGCAUAACAGUAUUUCUACAAUAUAUAAACAAGUGUUUUUAAACAUUAUUUAUGUAUAGAUAAAUACAUAAGACUCAUUUCGUAAAUUAAAAAUAAAUAUACUUAGAUAAAUCAACAACUUUUUUUAACAGUUUUAUAAAAAUUAGAAAUACUAUAUGAAUAACUUCAACAAAACAAAAACUUAGCAACUUUAAUUAAAUAAUGUUUCAAGUGAAAGUGAAUUAUAAACUGAGUAUUAAACAAUAAAUAAUCUGUGUUAAUAAAUAUAAAAAACAAAAUAAAAAUGGCUGCCAUUUUACAACAUUUUAAGACGAUGCUGCAGCGUUAUCCCGUUACACGGGGUAUGGUGUCAUAUAGCCUAAUUUGGCCGGCAAGUUCACUCAUACAACAGACCUUCGAAGGAAGAAGAUGGCCGGACUACGAUUGGUGGCGUGCGUUACGUUUCAGUCUAUAUGGCGGGUUUUUCGUCGCGCCCACGCUUUACAGUUGGAUUAAGGUUUCCAGCGCCAUGUGGCCGCGUACAUCGCUGCGGACGGCGGUGUUCAAAACAGCCGUCGAACAGAUUUCCUACACACCUGCUGCCAUGACAUGCUUUUAUUUCCUAAUGAGCCUGCUGGAAAUGAAGACCGUGGGCGAAGCAGCCGCGGAGGUGCGCAAGAAAUUCAUACCCACGUAUAAGGUGGCUAUGUCAAUUUGGCCCAUUGUGGGCAUAAUAAAUUUCUCCGUCGUACCAGAGAAGAAUCGAGUGCCUUUCAUCAGUGUUUGUAGUUUGUUAUGGACAUGUUUUCUGGCUUAUAUGAAGCAUCUGGAGCACCAGCAUGUCGACGAAAUGGAUAAUAUAUUCACGUCAAAAGACGCUAAAGUGAAGGCGUGAAUGGCUGGCAUGAUUUAUUUAUAAAUUUAAGGACAUUAGUUAAUUAUUUGAAAUUUGUGGUAUGUCUAAUAAUUUAUUAAAAGUAAAUAAUUUUUAAAUAAACACAAGAAAA